UAGUUCUGUUCAAACAGCGCUCAUUGUCAGUCGAAUCGAGCGGCUUUGACAGUAAUGGAGAAAGUGUACGUGAUGUGAAAGAUUUCAAAGUUCUCUUGUCAUUCGUAGAUUGUUAGACUGGUCUGAAAUCAUGGAAGAGGUAUUUCAAAACGGGAAUUAUCAAAGAGAGGCAAAUGCGAACAUGACCACUACGGAAUUGCAGAAAGAGGAUUCAUUACUUGAGCAUAUGGAGAUUUCAAUAGUCGAAGCUGAGAAACGAGCAAAUGGAGCAUUAAAUUUAAGAGAAUUUUAUAUAGUUUACCUCAUUGAGACUAAAGUUACUGAUCCAGACUUCAAAGGGGCGCUUAACAAAAUAAGUUCUCUAUGGCGUCGAUAUACAGAAUUCGAACUGCUUAGAGCUUAUUUAGAGAUUUCAUAUCCCUAUAUUGUACUGCCUCCAUUACCAGAAAAAAAAGUUCUUUAUCCUUGGCAAAAGGUUACCACAGAUACAUUUGAUCCAGAUUUUGUUGAUCGACGUAGAGCAGGUCUUGAGAAUUUCCUUCUGAGGGUAGCAUCACAUCCAAUAUUAUCUCGUGAUGAGCAUUUCAUGGGGUUUCUACAACAGAAGGAUGGCUGGAGAGAAAGUGUUAAAGAGACUGGAUACUUACAAUUAGCAGAAUCAAAAUUAAAAGCAUUGAGUGUAGCUGUAAGAUUAAGGAAACCAGAUAAAAGGUUUGAAACAAUAAAGAAUUAUGGAAUUGAACUUCAGAGUAACUUAUGCAAUCUUCUACGAGUGCGUGCGCGUUUAGUGGAGAAACAGUACAGUUUGUACAAACUACAUGCAAAUUAUGGUCGUGUAUUUAGUGAAUGGAGUGCCAUAGAAAGGGAAAUGGGUGACGGCUUACAGAAAUCGGGCCAUUAUUUGGAUUCAUUAGCUGCAAUGAUAGAUACAACUCUUGAAGAAGAAGAAUUGAUAGCAGAUCAAUUAAAGGAAUGGUUAUUUGGUGCUUCUGCAUUACAAGCAGUUGUCAGGCGAAGAGAAGCUUUACAGUUAACUAAAGAUGAAACUCAUGAUGCCUUGACCACUGCAUUGGAGCAAAAAGAGAAAGUUAUGCAAGGAAAGUCAGGAUUAAUGUCACGGUUGUUUGGUUCAGUAGACACAGAGGAGGUACGCGAAUUAAAGAUAUUGCAGUUAGACCAAAGAAUUGCACAGCAUGAAGAAGCUGUCAAAAGGGUAGAUGAGGAUUUAAAGUCUUUUUCUAUUAAAGCAAUGAUGGAUAUAGAAAGAUUUCAACGUCAGAAGGUAUUAGAUUUAAAAGAAAUAUUAGCAGCAUACUGCAUCUUACAGUUCAAACUCGCUAGAAAGGGGCUGCAAGCUUGGCAACACAUUAAAAAUUGCCUCGAGAGUAUGCCAUAAAAGUCGUUUCUUAUUUCAGCUGACAAAGAACAAUAACUGUUCUACACCUCUCGCGCGAUCUACAUUCCUAUAUUUGUAAGCUCACUCAUAAUAUACGCUUAUUAUUACAUGAA